CCCAGUGGCCCCGUCGCCGCACAGAGUUUUGCACUCAGCUCUGCCUGUGCUAGCUAGUAUAACUAACAUCCGGAGCGGAGGGGAGGGCGAGACGCCGGCGGCGAUGACGACGGCGAGGAAGGCGACGUGUGUGCUGGUGGCCUGGGCGCUGGUCGCCAACAGCCUGGCUGGCCUGGGCCUCGCCCGGUCGCCCUUGGGCAGAAGGCCGCAGCGCGAGUUCGACUACUUCGCGCUGUCCCUGCAGUGGCCCGGCACCAUCUGCGCCUCCACACGCCACUGCUGCGCCGACAACGGCUGCUGCCGCUCCAAGCCGCUCCAGACGUUCACGAUCCAUGGGCUAUGGCCGGACUACGACGACGGGACCUGGCCGUCGUGCUGCCGCCACACCAACUUCGAGAUGGACAAGAUAUUACCCCUGAAGGAGAAGCUUGACAAGUACUGGCCGUCCCUGUACUGCUCCUCCUCUUCCACUUGCUUCAGUGGCAAGGGGCCUUUCUGGGCUCACGAGUGGGAAAAGCACGGAACAUGCUCGUCCCCUGUGGUUCAGGAUGAAUUACAGUAUUUCUCCACUGCCCUUGACCUUUACUUCAAAUAUAACGUUACGGAAAUGCUGUCAAGUUGGGAUAUUCAGGUUUCAAAUGGUAAAGAAUAUGCACUUUGUGAUGUCAUCGAAGCCAUCGAACAUGCUUUUGGGGCCUCACCGCAAAUUAUUUGUAAGAAGGGUUCGAUACAAGAACUCAGGUUAUGCUUCGACAAAGAUUUGAAGCCUCGUGACUGUCUUACUACUUGGGUGACUAAUGAACGCGUAUCGAGAAAAAAACAUUGCCCGCGAUGGAUCACCCUGCCAACGUAUGAUCCCCUUGUGCUUGCCAAUUCCACUGGACAGAUCAUGACACAAGUCGACGACUUCGAGUUAUCUGCAUCUCUUUAUACAACCUAAGAUGCUGUAGUUGCUGCCGAGCAUUCCACGGCUAUGACGAAGCAAGAGCUCUGGCUGCAUCUCUUGCGAAUUACAAUAGCCACGGGUGCUCACUUGAGCACUGACAUUCAGGGAAACUGAUCUCUGGGGUAUUCAAUUAUUUGUACACUUCAAGAGAAUCGUACUUUUUAAAUUUGGAAAACUACCAUUUUCAUGUACUUUGGGUGGUCGGAUACAGUUAAUGUAUGUACACAUUCUGUGGCUGGGCAGUGCCACUGUUCUAAAGGUUUCUGGUGUCAGUUGUGAAAUAAAUCAUUGUACAAUGCCCAAAAAAUCCAAGCCUGCUUCACGAUUCAGACGUCA